UUUAGCCAUCCCACCCCUCUUCAGAAUUGAUUCCCCUCUUCUCCGUUUACUGUUCGUAAUGGUAGAGCAAAUAAUGAACUCUCUCGUGAAAUGGGUGCUCAUUCUUUUUGGACUCGUCUCGAUCCUUCUCAACAUCGUCCUCGUCGGCAUCUACUCAGGCAGGGUGCGAAGAUGUUCGGUUCAGCGUGUCCGCGUACUGAAGGGUAAACACGAUAACCACAGCCUUGUGUUUGCUGAUCUUACUCAACAGGAGUACUUGCAAGUCCAGCAGUACAUGCUCAUGCAAAGGGACCAGAAUAUCUCCACCAAGCAGACCACUCAGCCGUCGGAGAAUUUUUUAUUUCUAAUUGAUCUCUCACUACCAAAGAAAUCGGAGGCGUUGACUUACUUAGACGGGAAAGGCCAAAAGCCAAUAAGAGAAGCAACAGCCGUGGUCUUUUAUGGCUCGAAAGGCUUCAUCAAGGAGUAUGUGGUGGGGCCUCUUCCCAAUCCGACAUACCACAGAGACGUAACUAAGGAGAGGUACAACAUGGAUUUGCCGAUCACUAAGCGCCUGGUUACCAUUGGAGAGUAUGCUUUGAUAUUUAAUUUUUUUGAGGCACAGGUUUUCUCUCAGUUAGAGAAACUCCUAAAAGAAAGCUUCGGUGUGGGUGGGGGGAAACACUUAAACGCGUUCGAGCAAAUGCCUCGCGGUGUUCGUUCAGGGGACCGAAAGACUUGGGUUUCCUUUUUUAGAGGUAUGAACGGAAUGUAUAUUCACCCAGUGGGCUUCGAGGUGCUGCUGAACCACGAGAGCACAAACGCAUCUCAGUGGAAAGUGGAGAAGCUGUUUUAUAACGGUAAAUAUUUUAACACGGUGGAAGAACUUAAGAUGGAAUAUGAUAACGGGAAUGUGGAAAAAAUAGUCUACAAAGAAGCUCCUGACUAUGGCUCUCUUAAACCUAGAAUAAAGCCGCUGCAGAUCCCUCCCCUGCAGUUUUAUGUAGAGGGGAAGCGCUACGAUAUCAAUAACAAUCACGUCCUGUACAUGGACUGGAGCUUCGCCUUUGGACUUAGCUCUCUCACAGGCAUGAGAGUGUUUGAUGUGAGAUUUAAGGGUGAAAGAAUCGCAUAUGAAAUAAGCGUGCAGGAGGCAAUGUCGGUAUAUGGUUCAGUGACACCAGGGAUGAUUCUCACGAAGUUUUUGGACUCAAGUAUCGGAAUCGGCCGCUUCGCACAUGAACUAGUUCGUGGUGUAGAUUGUCCCUAUAACGCCGACUAUGUCGACACAUACCGUUACAUUGAUGUCCCGGUCCCAGUCAAGUUUAGGAACUCAAUCUGCAUCUUUGAGCACAACACGGGCCAACCCCUAAGAAGACACUUUGCUGAUUUUUUCCACAACAACUAUGGAGGGAUGGUGAACAGCGCUUUAGUGUUCAGAACAAUCACAGCUAUAGGAAACUAUGACUACAUGUGGGAUUUCAUCUUUUAUCAAAGUGGAUCAGUUGAAGCCAAAGUGCAUGCCACUGGGUACAUUUCAUCUUCUUACCUGGUUGGGGGUAAUCUGAAGUACGGACACCAAGUGGCAGAAAAUGUCCUCGGCAACAUUCACACGCACUUCAUCAACUUCAAAGUGGAUCUGGAUGUGGCAGGUGUGGAGAAUGUGUUCCAGAUCAAAGAUAUGGAGUUUGUCAAUGUUUCUUUACCUUGGAUGCCUGAUCAACAUGCAAUGGUACCUCAGCUGUUGGAAAAACAGCUCCAAACAGAACAGGAGGCAGCCCUGCGUUAUGACACCAAGACACCUCGCUAUCUUCACAUCGCUAGCAAAAAAACCAACCGCUGGGGCCAUCAGCGUUCCUACAAACUGCAGGUUUUCAGCUUUGCAGGAGACCACCUACCAGAGAGCCAGGCUGAAGAGAGAUCUAUGUCCUGGGCCAGGUAUAAAGUUGCCAUCACCAAGCACAAGGACUCAGAACAAACCAGCAGUAGUCUUUACAAUCAAAAUGAUAUUUGGACCCCAGCUGUUGACUUCAGCAAGUAUAUUGAAGACAAUGAAAGCAUUGAAGACCAGGACCUUGUUGCCUGGGUGACCACAGGGUUCCUUCAUAUCCCUCAUGCUGAAGACAUUCCCAACACUGUAACAGUGGGUAAUGGUGGGGGAGUCAUACUACGACCCCAUAACUACUUUGAUGAGGACCCAUCCAUCAGCUCUACAGAUUCGGUAUACUUCAACCCUGGUGCUGAAGACAGUUGUGAGAACAACAGGAUGGCAUGCUUGGCUCAUGAGACUUGUAGCCCCACUCUGGAGACGUUUACCUACCAUGGCUUCGAUGGAGUCAUGAAGUUUGAGGAUUGGAAGUGAUUUUUCAUGUGUUGCUGAGUAAAAGUUUUACAGCCAUGUUGAUCUUUGACAGAGGUUGAACAAGUUUUCAGCUCCUGAACCACAAAAUAAUGCCAGAAUCGAGUUCUGGCAUUAUUUUGGCAAACAUUUCUACAAAAUCAAUUAACCAUGGGUAUAAUUUUAAUACAAACAGCAUCAAAAGCCAAAGUAUUUGGUUUUGUCUAUUUUGAACUAGUUUCAAACACCAUAACAUACAUCUGCUUCAUUAUUAUCAUUUUUAUUGUCAAGUUUAAUUUCUACAUAGGAUCUCAAGAACCGAUACUUGUUUAUCUACUACCCCAACUUUGGGAAUCAGUGAUCCAAGACAUGUCACUCUGCUAUGUGUUUAUAAAGGCAAUUUGGAGUUAAAACUUUAAUUAGAACACUUUGUCAUGGUUCUACACAUCCCUUUGCAAUAAGUUGUUUUAUUUAUCCAUUUCCAUACACAUACACUUUUUGUUGCAAUUUUUUUUAGGUGCUCUAGAGACCAAUCAUUAUCAAGCUAAGAUGUCACUGCUUUUUAUUCCAAGCAGUUUUUUGUAUUUUUUUUAUUAUUUUAGUAAAAAUGCUUGCAUGUUACCAUUAAACAUUAAGUUUUGUAUUAGCAUAUAAUUAACUUUUUAGGAUGUUAGGAUGAUACAUUCUAUGAGUGUCAGUGAUCAUGCUCCUGUCUGUUUAACCCUAAUAAAUAAAAAAGUAAUCCCACAAAACAAAA